GAUCCAUUUUCAUUGAUUUCGUUUUUUUUCCGUUAUCAUUAAAAUUUAAAUGCGAUUUUCUAUUGUUCGUACCAUUUUAUCAUCAUCAUCAUUAUUUCGACAUCGACAAUUUGAUUUUGAUGUAAAACGUUUUCCGCAUCGUUUUUCCAAUGUUCAACAUUUGUUUUCGAUUAGUAAAUUGAGUACAAUGACCAAUAGUAACCCUUUACCAACGGCGACGACAACGAAAAACAAAUUAAUUUGGCCACCCGAUUCAGUACGUGGAAUGCGUGAACUUGAUCGAGAUUUAUUUCGUCGUCCAGUAAAAAUACCAUUCAUUGUAACCGAUAUUGAUAAUCUUACCGAAGUUGUUCAAAAAUUACGACCUUAUUUUUUAAAACUUCAACAAUUUAAACCAAUACAAUCAUAUCAACCACAAUCAGAACCAGAACAACAAUCAUCAAAUCUAAAGCAAAUAUUCUUAAAUCCCGAUCAUUUUACUGAAUUCGAAUCGAUAAUCAAAAAUCUUGAAAAUGAUAAACUUUUAUCUCGUUUAACCGAUGAUGAAGAAUAUCUUGGUCAUAAAGAAUUGGAACUUCGAUAUGAAAAUUUUAAUCACCUUGUAAUAUUUCGUUCAAUAUUUAAUCAUUUAGAAUCGAAUGAUCAGAAUCAAGAUUAUUCUCUUUCUGGUUUCAGUCAAAUUGGUCAUAUUAUUCACUUGAAUCUUCGUGAUCAUAUGCUACCAUAUAAAAAACUUAUCGGCCAGGUUCUUCUGGAUAAAAUCAAUGGAUGUCGAUUAGUUGUAAAUAAAAUCGAUAUAAUCGAUAAUAAAUAUCGUAAUUUUCAAAUGGAAAUAUUAGCUCAAAUCGAUGAUAAUAAUCAAACUACUAUUGUUGAUACUAUUGAAAAUAAUGUCCGAUUUCGUUUUGAUUUCGCCAAUGUUUAUUGGAAUCCACGUUUAGGUAUUGAACGUUCAUUAAUCAUGAAGAAAUUAAAUCCAAAAAUUGAUUUUGUUUAUGAUGUAUUUGCUGGUGUUGGACCAUUUGCUGUGUCGGCAGCUCGUUUACGAAAAUGUCAAUGUUUGGCAAAUGAUCUGAAUCCAGAAUCAUAUCGUUGGUUACAGGAAAAUGUUUGUUUAAAUAAAGUUGAACAUUUGGUUAAAUGUUUUAAUCAAGAUGGACGACAAUUUAUACGUGAAUCAUUGAAAGAAGAUCUUAUUCGACAAAUUGAAUCUUUUGAUGGUUCAGAUUUUAAUCGUCAAUAUCAUGUUAUAAUGAAUUUACCUGCAAUGGCCAUCGAAUUCCUUGAUGAAUUUAAUGGUUUAUUAUCAUCAAUUCGUUUGAAUCAAAAUUAUAAAAUUCCAUUUCUACGUAUACAUUGUUAUUGUUUUCUCAAAAGUAAUACUGUUGAUGAUUGUAAAUCACUUUGGCAAUUGGCAAGCAAAAAUCUUGGUCAUCCAAUCCUCGAAAAUGAUAUUGAAGAAUUACAUGAAGUACGAAAAGUUGCACCAAAUAAAAUUAUGUAUCGACUUAGUUUUCGUAUUGGAAAAAAUAUUCUUUAUGGACAAAAUGAUGAUGAUGAUGAUGAUAAUGGCAACGAACAAUCAAAAAUUGAUUCAAAAUCUUCAUGCCGUAAUGGAAUUGAAUAA